AUGACCCCGACACCACCUUCUACCAAUUCCUCCACAGGCGCUCGCUCGCCUGAGGAGCAGUAUCGCGUGGUUCGCAAGCGGAAUCGAGUGCCCGUGAGUUGCCAUCCUUGCCGGACCCGCAAGCUCAAAUGCGACAGACUGUCUCCCUGCAGCAACUGCGUCAAGCGCGAGGGCGCCGCGCCUCAUUCAUGUUCAUACGCUACGUCCGCGAACCGCAAGAAAAAGAGCGUCUCAUCCGAAGAACAAAGCCCGGAUGAUAUGCAGAACCGUAUCGACCGACUCGAAGGACUGGUUCUUUCCCUCAUGCACAAUGGAGGUACCGUGGACGCGGCGAGUGCUGAAGCAGCAGGGAGAGCCAAUUCGACCUCGCAGUCACAGACGGGGAGCUCGGUCUCUCAAGUCAAAAGCGGAAAGGGCCGUGAGGCUGCCAUGGCGGACGCUGAAGGAAGUGACGAUGAGGAUGGGCUGGUCUCGUCUCUGGGAGUUCUCAAAGUGGAUGAGGACCAAGGCAAGUCAAUGUACUUUGGCAACGAGUCAUGGCACAUUAUGCUUGCGGACAUUGCCGAAGUCAAGAAUUAUUUUGCAUCUCACAAAAAGGAGCUCGAGACGAGUUACGAACGGGUCCGAUCAUCAAAACCACCCACGGCGCAAGAAGGGCCGACGCUGUUGCUCGGAGCCACGCCCACUACGGAGACGGAGUUGCGGUCGGAGCUGCCACCCAAGUCGAGUGUUCUCACACUCUGCAGUCGAUACUUCAACUCGAUGGACAACGCCGUAAACAUCAUCCACGGCCCGACGUUCCAGCAGCAACUGCGAACACACUGGCAAGACCCUUCGAAAACGCCCAUCAUGUGGCUGGCGCUGCUGUACUCGGUUCUGACACUGGCGAUGUUGAGUUACCAUAAAGUAGGCGAUGAGCCGCCGGAAUGGAAGGGGAAGACGCUGGAGAUGGCGUGCGACUUCCGGCUCAAGACAGUGCAAGCGCUGAUCCUGGCUGACUACACAAAGCCAGUGGAAUAUACGGUCGAGGCGCUGAUGCUGUACGUGUUCGGCGAGUACUCAUCAAGGUGGGAUGCAGACCUUGGUCUAUGGAUGAUUGUUGGCAUCGUGACGCGAGCCGCGUUUCGAAUGGGGUAUCAUAGGGAUGCCAAGUGGUUUCCCAACAUCCGCCCUUUCCAGGCGGAAAUGCGGCGUAGAUCGUGGGCAUUGGUGAGGAUGGCCGACAUUAUCUUUUCUCACCAGGUCUCGCUGCCAAGCAUGAUCCAUGACCAGGACUGCGAUACGCAGCUGCCCAACAACUUGUUCGACGACGAGUUCCACACCGGGAGUAAAGAGCUCCCGCCAUCGCGACCAGUCACCGAGCCUACGCCAGUCUCAUACAUGAUCGCCAAGUCGCGGCUAUGCCUAGAGCUCGGGAGAAUCCUCCAAGCAACCGGCGCCGUCGACAAGCACGUUCCGUACGAUGAGAUCAUCCGGUUUGAUGCGAAGCUGCGGCAAAUCAAGCAGGAGCUGCCACCGCACCUCAAAUUCACCCCACUGGAGGGAUCGCAUGAGCCUGUGGCGCUGCUGAUUGCGCGAUUCAACAUUGAUGUGCUGUGCUUGAAGAUAACGUGCCAGCUGCACAGAAAGUAUCUUGCUCGGGCCAGGCAGAAUCCAAGAUACGCGCACUCUCGGAGGAGCGCGGUGGAGGCAGCGCUGCAGGCGCUGGACCAUUUGGCGACCUUGCAUCGAGAGUCGCAAGCCGACGGCCGGUUGCGAUCCGUGGGCUGGUUCAUCAAGUCCACGGCGACCAAGGACUUUGCUCUUCCGUCCAUCAUCCUCAUCAUGGAUCUGCACUACGACAACAUGCGGCGUCAGUCGCCCGACCAGAAGGAGGAGCACGAGGGCAAUUUCCUGUGGACACCAGAGCAGAGGGCGCGGAUGGUCACGUCACUGGAGACAGCAGGCAGCAUCUGGAAGACCCUGGCGGACACGAGCAUGGAGGCUUUCAAGGCCAGCAAGGUCCUUGACAUUAUGCUCCAGAAGAUCAAGGCGCCGACGUCUGGCACCGAUGCGCCCAUGGACCUGAUGGACGCCGAGCUCCUCGAUAUACCAUCGCCCAACACGCUCGCGCAGAGCUUCAUGGCGCCCCUUGAUGCGAUGCCCAACUUUGUGAAUACCAACAACAAUGGAUUCUUGGCGCAGGAGCAGAGCACGUUUAUGGCCAUGGAUUUCGGGCUCUCCCCUGGCGCGAUGCCCGGGUACGGUGGCAGCGAUGCGUUCGGCGGUGGUUCUGGCAACAAUCCCGGGUCUCCAUUCUCGAUGUUUGGAAUGGGGUCGAAUUCGGGCACGAUGCCUGACCUGUCUGGAAACUUUGACUGGAAUGCCUUCGACAACAACUAUGCGCAGAUGCCGAGCUUCACCGACCAACCGCUGCAGUUCUUCAACAGUGGAGCUGAUGAUUCACCAGACAGCAUGUUGAACAGUAAUACCAAGGACAAUGGCCAGGCUUGAUGGAGUCUGGCUGGAGGCAGGAAUCGACGACAUGUACGAUAAUGAACAUGACAUUUGGAUCAUCUCCCGCGGCGUUUUUGUUUCAAGCUAUAGCAAGUAUGGCAGCCAUUGUUGCAAUAUCAGCCCCCCUUCUUUCUAAUGCCACCACCGUGGUCGAGCAAGUUUGACUGCUGUCUUGUACGUACAGAAAUACGGGAAGAGAGUGUUUUCACAGGGAAAAGGUCUGUGUGUCUCUUAAAGAGUCCGGGAGCUGCCGAAUGUCCGACUGUGUCUCGGGGCAUCCACGAGGAAAAAUCCGAAGAGCCCGUCAGGGGGUCUGACGAUCCUUCAACAUUCUUCACGCUGGUGACAGCUUGAGGGAACGGUCGUGCUAACCCGACUAACCUAGUAUCCAGGUAUCGCGGAAAGACAGACAAUUAUGCUGGAUGCUAGGCUUCUGAGACAUACUGUAGGAACAAUCGGCUUGCUCAAGAACCCCGAGCACGAAAA